AUGCAACGAUUUGAGCAAUGGCGCCAGCUACUCGAGGGCGCCACUGGCUCGAAAUUUGUGCUGCACAACAAGCAGCGGGAAUCCAGACGUCAGGUUAUGCACUGUGCGAGGAGUGAACACAAGAACGGGACGGCACCCAGGAAGAUUAGGGCAAAGCAACUCGAAAACGGGCAUCACAUGUCCAAACAGGGUGCCUGUUGCCCGGCCCACAUUUCGUAUACCCUCGAAAAGGACGGCAGCAUCGAUGUAAUCUACCAAAUGAUGCAUGUGGGCCAUGGGGCUUCAGACAGGGGCGCAGAAAACGAUCAGAACACCUCCGUGACCGCCGAUUUUCGCUUGCCGCAUCGGCCGAACUAUUUGGGAGAGCAGCCGAUGCAAUUUUUACAGAUAGACAUUGUUGAGAUGAGCGUCUCGCUUGAUCGCUGGGCCGAGCUGAUCCCUUUCGCUUGCAUGCAGUUGAACCAGACGUCGAGGGGUGGAGAGACCGUUCCAUUUGAGUUGAUGUUUGGUCGGACCGCUUUUCCUGUGGACGAAGAAGAAUCAGUGGCGCCGGCUUGGCUGCCCCCAGCCCACGCACCGCCCACCAUCGUUUUCCAGACUGGGGAUAAGGUCUACAUGCGAAAUUUUGACUCUACGUUGAAAGAUUCGCGGAAGGAGGAGAUACAGCCGGAAAAUGUUGUGUUGGGUUUGGUUGGAGACGUCGACUGGAGAAGACCGUCCUUUCCUUACCACAUCUAUUAUUCGAGGGAUCGUGAAAAUCAUUGGCCAGACCGAAAUUGUGAGGCAAUGUACGUGUCCGCGUUUGACUUGGCCCCCAGCUCGAUUGAGCUUCUCCUGGCACGUGAUGAGAAUCGCCGCCAAAUGCUACAAACACUGCUCUGUUCGUGUAAGGCCGGAAGUUCCGAAGAGCCACCAUGUACGUUGGUACGGAGUGAACUGUGUGCGAAGGGAAUGUCGCGGAGCUGCUGCGGGCGCACUGGUUCUUGCUGCUACCACGAAGAACUGGAGGCUGGGGCGGGAGAGACGUAUUUUAAAGUGCAGCAAAUCUCGAGAAAAUAUCGAGAACCGGGCGGUCAUUCGAUAGGCCAGAAUGUGCGAAAGAAGCCGGAUGUAUUAAAGAUGCCCGUGAAAACGCGAAACGCGAAAGGAGUACCACGUCGAAAGGCUGACAAUCUACUCUCCGUCGUCGUCGAGCCGAUCCGGAGCCCAGCCAAGAAAUUGAGUAUCCACGAGGAGCCGCCCGAAGAAUUUAUUGAUGUUGGAGAACCAUUAGCCCCACCGCCAGAGGAUUUCGUCGACCGAAGAAAAUCCCAACGAUAUGCCAGGCGGAAGCGAACAUCACAUCAC